UCAGAGGUAGAUCUUUGGUCUGACUCUGCACGGAUGCGCGCCGACCUUGGAGUCUCCAGACGCGCAGCGGAGGAUUUUGCGCACUGAAAUCAAGUCGAGCUGAAGAGAGCGGACUGCUGCCUGACUGACUGCAGUCCUGUCACUGGGGUCCAGGCUCACUUGGCUAUACUGUACUACGCACAUCGGCAUUUUAUUAACACCCUUUUUCGGGAAGUAGGGGGAAAUAUAGUCUUCAGUUUAUUUCGGUUUGGCUUGAUUCGCAACUUAGAGGAGUGUUCAACUGAGCCACUGCAUGUAGCCGCUACACCUUGUUCGUAGAGAGAUUCAAGUGUCCCAGCUGCUCAGGGAAAAUUCACUCAACAUCCCGAGAGACGGAGACGUUUGAGAGGAUUUUAGGACUCUUUCCCGAGAGUGGAUUGAACAAGGAUGAUUGCAUCCGCCUUACCCAACUAAGCGACAUUUGAAAAAGAACCGGUGAUCACAGCAAUGCUUCAACGGCAUGUGCGUCUGUCCCUCUCCAAAUCUCCCAGAGAGGAUUUAAGUGCCGCUCAUUUUGAAUAAGUCAAGAAGUCAUCGAAGAUGAGAGCUCUGCAAACAUUCCUGUUUCUUUUCCUCCUGCACCAGGUCACAAGCAGGAAAGAGCACGGAGGAGCCACAGAGCUCAUUGAGUGGGCCGACAGUGACAACGAACAGAAGAUUUCUCCCACGGGGGCCAGUCCACGGAUCCUCAACCCCCUGCGUUUGUUUGCCAGGGGCUCCCCCGGGUUCAAGAAUAACAUGAGGGAAAUUACAUAUUUACAGAACAUAGAGGACUUCUGGGACUGGUUAUCUAACCAGACAGAUGCUCAGGGUGCACAGGCCAGAACUAAACGCAGGCCCAUCGUCAAGACUGGCAAGUUCAAAAAGAUGUUCGGGUGGGGGGACUUCCACUCCAACAUCAAGACUGUCAAACUCAACCUGCUGAUCACAGGGAAGAUUGUGGACCACGGGAACGGCACUUUUAGCGUUUACUUCCGCCACAACUCCACAGGCCUGGGGAACGUGUCGGUCAGCCUGGUGCCGCCUUCCAAGGUGGUGGAGUUCGAGAUCGCCCAGCAGUCCACGUUGGAGACCAAAGACACCAAAUCAUUCAACUGUCGCAUUGAGUACGAGAAGACGGACCGCAACAAGAAGACUGCUCUGUGCAACUUUGACCCGGCCAAGGUGUGCUAUCAGGAGCAGACGCAGAGCCACGUGUCCUGGCUGUGCUCGAAACCCUUCAAAGUCAUAUGCAUCUAUAUAGCCUUUUACAGUGUAGACUAUAAACUGGUGCAGAAGGUAUGCCCUGACUACAACUACCAUAGUGACACACCCUACUCCUCCACAGGAUGAUAUAGCUGUUGUUAGUAUGCAUCAACCUUCAAAUUAUGUAAAUGUCAACCUCUAAGCUUCUUGUCCUGAAAUACCUAAAUACCUAAGACACAUUGCAGGAAGUGCAACUUAUAAUGGGGCACACUCCGGAGGGAUUUGAUGCAUUGUUAAAAAAAAACAAAAAACACUUUUGUAUAUACAGAUGUAAUACUUGAGAUAGUUAGGUGUCUAGGGACUUGGUUUUAGGGGUUGACUUGGGAUUCAGAGCUAGCUACCAACCCUGGGUGACUCCUCCCCUUCACAACAGCACAUGUUCUCCGUAAACCGCUGGUGUAAUUAGCAUGUUGUCCAGAUGUUUUCUCCAAGGCUAGACCAUAGGCAAGGAGCCUCCCAGUUGGAGGUUCUUAGCUAUCUUCUGUGCCAGUGCUGCAUUGAUGCCAACAUAGUCAAACAAUUUCCUCACCUCAUUGAAACAAUUAUGGGAUGAUAUAUGACAAGACUUUAAAACAUGUUAAUAAUUACAAUACUAAAAAUGAAAUAUUUCACAUUUGAAACAUUACAUUUUGACUGAUUAGUCAAAGUGAUCUGUUCAUGGCCUUCAAAGCAGAGCUAAUAUCCAUUUGUCCCUGUUAACAGAACACAGGCAGGACAGUAUUAUUUCAGAUUAGCUUUAUCAGUGGGUAUUUUCUCAAGUAGCUCUGAAAUAUGGAUUUACAAUCUAUGUUCUAUCUCUUAUCUUCCUCUCAUAAGGACUGGAAUAGUGAAUUGAUUAUAUGCACAUGACAAAAUAAAUUGAUCCAACACAUCUAAUCCCAACAGCAAGUUUAUAGCAUAACUAUAAAUCAUUACACGUACAUAUGUAGGUACCCAUCCAUGUAUAACCUGGCUGCUGCCUUGUGUGCUCCUUAAAAUGUGUUGGUUUUCUGCUGCAACCAUCACAAGGCAUGUGUAUGCUAAACUAGUCUGAAAUCCAACAUCUGUGUUUGCAGGAUGCACUUUAAGGCAUCAGCCUGCCGAGCGGGCCCCGCAGUGGAUUAAUGUGUCAGGAGAGGAGGGGGGGAAGGCGAUAAUUGCAGGACAGGUGGAUUUAGUGAGUCUGGCAGACAAUUAUCAGCACUUUGCCAUGGUCCUGCCACCAGCACUGACAUUACCUGUCUUUAAUAGGCUUUAAUUAGCCUGGGAAAUUUCAUUUACCUAAAACCAAGAGUGGAGAAACCAGAAGCAAAAAAAAAAAAAAGCAAAAGUACAAAAUCCGUCUGGAAUUUUAAUGAGAAGUGGGACC